AAACAACCACCCUCUCUCCACUCACCACAUCGCCCAUCACACAUCUCACAAUGUUGAAGAGUGGGAUCCAGCAGGCGCUCCGCGCUUCUAUGCGCAGGCCGGCCAUCCGCCGCAGCGCAUUCCAGCCCCUCAAGAAGAGCUUCGCUCCCGCGCUUUCAACCCGCUUCGCCAGUACCGAUGCAGCAAACCAUGGCAAGAUUCAUCAAGUCAUUGGAGCCAUUGUCGAUGUCAAGUUCGACACCGAGCAGCUCCCUGCUAUUCUCAAUGCCGUCACAACCCAGAACGGUGACCAGAAGUUGAUUCUCGAAGUUGCUCAACAUUUGGGUGAGAACAUCGUCAGAUGCAUUGCCAUGGACGGUACCGAGGGUCUCGUUCGAGGUUCCAAGGCCACCGACACUGGUGCCCCCAUUAAGAUUCCCGUUGGUCACGGUACCCUCGGACGCAUCAUGAACGUCACCGGUGACCCCAUUGACGAGCGUGGUCCCAUCAAGGCUACCAAGUACGCGCCCAUUCACGCCGACCCUCCUGAGUUCACCGAGCAAUCCACCUCCGCCGAGGUCCUCGUCACUGGUAUCAAGGUCGUCGACCUGUUGGCUCCCUACGCCCGUGAGUUGAUCAACAACAUCGCCAAGGCCCACGGUGGUUUCUCCGUCUUCACUGGUGUCGGUGAGCGUACCCGUGAGGGUAACGAUCUGUACCAUGAGAUGCAGGAGACUUCCGUCAUUCAGCUUGACGGUGACUCUAAGGUCGCGCUGGUUUUCGGUCAGAUGAACGAGCCCCCGGGUGCCCGUGCACGUGUCGCCCUUACAGGUCUUACGGUGGCAGAAUAUUUUCGCGAUGCUGAAGGCCAGGACGUGUUGCUCUUCAUUGACAACAUCUUCAGGUUUACCCAGGCCGGUUCUGAGGUAUCUGCUCUGCUUGGUCGUAUUCCUUCUGCCGUCGGUUACCAGCCCACCCUCGCCAUUGACAUGGGUGUUAUGCAGGAACGUAUUACCACUACCACCAAGGGAUCCAUUACCUCCGUCCAGGCCGUCUACGUCCCCGCUGACGAUUUGACCGAUCCCGCCCCUGCCACCACCUUCGCCCAUUUGGACGCCACCACUGUCUUGUCCCGUGGUAUCUCCGAGUUGGGUAUCUACCCCGCUGUCGACCCUCUUGACUCCAAGUCCCGUAUGUUGGACCCCCGUGUCAUCGGUGAGGACCACUACAACACAGCCACCCGUGUCCAGCAAAUUCUCCAGGAGUACAAGUCGCUCCAGGAUAUCAUUGCCAUUCUCGGUAUGGACGAGUUGUCGGAAGCCGACAAGCUCACCGUCGAGCGUGCCCGUAAGAUCCAGCGUUUCUUGAGCCAGCCUUUCGCUGUCGCCCAGGUCUUCACUGGUAUUGAGGGCAAGCUUGUCGACCUCAAGGACACCAUCCGAUCAUUCAAGGCUAUCUUGACUGGUGAGGGUGACGACCUUCCCGAGGGUGCUUUCUACAUGGUCGGUGACUUUGAGUCAGCACGCGCCAAGGGAGAGAAGAUUCUUGCUGAGCUCGAGAAGUCAUAGAUGGACUUUUGUGGUGGGUGAAGAGUCGGCCAGUGUGUCUAGGGCAGUUCGCUGGUAUUCUCACUUUGUACAAAACAUAUACCUCGGAAAAACGUGGGAUUAUGAGCGAGUGCUUUAACGUGCAUGGCUUCCUGUAAUCUAUCUUACAUGAAGAGACAGCUUUUUCUUGUUCAACAAAUCAUGGUCUCUCUGCUUGUGCUGUUUUUGUGGCUAAUCACGUUAGUUGGCUGUUUAGAGUACUGUGUUUUCUGUCAG